UUCUAAUCUAUGUACUUUCAGUCACAACUCACAACAGCCGCAUUGUCGAUCUUCCAUGAGAACUGCCUGAAGGCCUGCGGUGCCGUUGAGUUCUCCGAUAUUGAAACGACGGCAUAGGGAAAAUGAAUAGCCGGGGGUCCAGUAACCGGCUAUCUUCUUCAUCUAGUUCGGGCUUUGGAUCUCGAGUUUCAUUUCUCAUGUUCUCUAUGUUCGCCACCAUGGCUUACUUUUACAUCGCCGGCCAACUGUGGCAGGAUGCGGAGAACAGGGCUUAUCUAGUUAGCGAGCUUGAUAGUAGAACUGGUCAGGGGAACUCUGCUGUAUCUGUUGAUGAUACACUUAAAAUCAUAGCCUGCAGGGAACAACAAAAGAGGUUAGCUACUCUUCAGAUGGAGCUGGGAAAGGCUAGGCAGGAAGGUUUUGUUUCUAAGCAUCUCUCAGAAAUUAGUGGGACUCACACAAAAAAGAAGCUUCUAGCUGUCAUAGGAAUCAUUACAAGGUUUGGCCACAAGAACAAUAGAGACGCAAUUCGUAAGGCAUGGAUGCCUUCUGGUGAAGCUUUGAAAAAGCUGGAGGAUCAAAGGGGCAUAAUUAUACAGUUUGUAAUAGGAAGAAGUGCAAACCGGGGAGACAGUUUGGACAGGGAUAUUUACAAUGAGAAUAGGCUGACCAAUGACUUCAUUAUUCUUAAUGAUCAUGUGGAGGCUUCGGGGGAGCAAACAAGAAAGACAAAAUUGUUCUUCAUUCACGCUGUGGACCACUGGGAUGCUGAGUUCUUUGUUAAGGUCAAUGAUGAUCUUUAUGUCAAUAUUGACGUCCUGGGAGCAGUUCUUACUACUCAUUUGGAUAAGCCUCGUGUUUAUAUUGGGUGUAUGAAAGCAGGCGAAGUUUUCUCUCAGCAGACGGACAAAUGGUAUGAACCAGACUGGUGGAAAUUUGGGGAUGGGAAAUCAUACUUCCGACAUGCUUCUGGCGAGAUAUAUGCCAUAUCACAGAGCUUGGCUCAUUUCAUUUCGAUUAACAGAUCUAUUCUUCGUUCAUAUGCCCAUGAUGAUGUGAGUACUGGAUCAUGGUUCAUUGGGCUUGAUGUGAAGCAUGUCGAUGAAGGGAAGUUUUGCUGUUCUUCUUGGGUGACAGGGGCCAUAUGUGCGGCUGCAUGA